AGUCUGAGCAACUCUCUCUCUCUCUCCUUCCUCCAAUAAUGUCAUAGCAAACCCUUCAACCCAUUUGCAAUCUUCCUCUGUCUUCUACUAUAAAUAUCAUUUCAGGGUCUCCCUAAAGUUUUAGUCUUUCUAGCCCAAAAUGGAAGAAGAGCCUCUGAACCAAUCCCUGAACUGAAAACUGAAACUGGGUUGGGUCUGUAACUGUGUUUUGAGCUUAAAAGUUUCUUGCUUUCUGUGCAAAGAUUGAAGCUUUUUCGGGUUUCUGGGUUCCCUGUUUGAUAAUUUGUCGACUCUUUAGAGGAACUGGGUUUUGUUUAAUUCGUCGAAAUUAAAGUUUGUAAGGAGAUUCAGAUUCUGGGUUGGUGAGUUGAGGUAAAGCUGCUACCUAGUCAUCUGUGUUGUUCAUUUGUGCAAAAAGUAAUUACGGUCAGCCAGUGACCACAGCCUGAGGAACACCAGAGCCAUACUAAAGAGAUGUGGUCCACCUGCAUUCAGCUGAGAUGAAGACGUUACAGAGUGGGAAAGAAAUACAAUCUUCAAACCAAGCUAUACAUGAUACACAAGGUGACCAAUUGAAAAACCAAACAAAUGAGGCUCCUGGUACUGAUUCAGCUUCAAUAUCAUCUUCAGGCAAUGACAACAAGAAAGUAUCACGCCAAGAUAUAGAACUUGUCCAGAAUCUAAUAGAGCGGUGUUUACAAUUAUACAUGAAUAGAGAUGAGGUAGUCAAGACUCUCUUGACCCGCGCAAGAAUAGAUCCUGGAUUUACCACUUUGGUAUGGCAGAAGUUGGAAGAAGAAAAUGCUGACUUUUUCAGGGCCUAUUACAUCAGGCUAAAAUUGAAGAAACAAAUAAUCCUGUUUAAUCAUUUACUGGAGCAUCACUGUCAUCUGUCGAAGUAUCAUCCCAUGCAUCCAAAGGUUCCUUUGGCACCUAUACAGAAUGGGAUUCAUCCCAUGCCUGUUAACAACUUACCUAUGGGAUACCCUGUGCUUCAGCAACCUCCAAUGCCAGCAGCAGGUCAACCCCAUAUUGAUUCCAUGGGAAUAUCUAACUGUCAUGUAGUUAAUGGAGUCCCUGCACCAAGCAAUUACCAUCCAAUUCGGAUGAAUUCUGGGAAUGAUAUGGUGAUGGACUGCAGUAGUGCUGAUGUGGUUCCUGUGAUUCCACCAAACAGCAUGUCAUCCAUGUCCGAGAUUCCUGUAAGUCCUACAUCAGUUGCAUCCAGUGGUCAUUUCCCCUUCACGGCGUCAGAUAUAUCAGGAAUGGGAGUAGACACAUCGGCACUUGAUACAACAUUUACAUCUGAUGUGGCAAGUAAUGGGUUGCAGCUUGGACCUGAUGGUGGGGGUGGCAGAUCUCUGGAUCAGAUCCAGUGGAAUUUCAGCCUUUCAGAUCUUACAGCAGAUUUGUCGAACUUAGGAGAUUUAGGAGCCUUGGGAAACUAUGAUGGCUCCCCCUUUCUGGCCUCUGAUUCUGAAAUUUUACUCGACUCUCCCGAGCAAGAGGAUAUAGAGGAAUUCUUUGUUGAUUCUGUCCCCGAGCAAGGUACUCAAUCAGAUGAGGAGAAACCCUAGAUAAAGGUAAGGAAGGUCCCGUUACACUUGUAACUGAUAGGAAUGAAUAUCACUCAGUUAGAGUUCUUACUAGAAGACACUUAAGGGUUCUGUUAUCAGCAGAUUUCAACAUUUUUAGCUGGCUAGUCUGAUCUGUAUUAGCAUACAGAUAGGAAAUUCCUUAUAAUAGACUAGUAUUUGUACUUUCUCUUUCCAAAAACUUAGUUAUCGGCGAAAGUCAAUGACAUUAUUCAGUUGGUUGUCAUGUAUUUGGAUAAAUUGGCAUGAUUAAUGCUUCUCUGCAUUAUCAUCCACCUCUUCUUUAGUUCUCCCUUUUCUUAUAUGAUCUUAUUUCCUAACAUUCAUCUGAAAUACCAACAGUUGAUUUCAAUCUCGGUUCUUUUAC